GUUGCUAGGUAACCGCAUCUCCCAUCACCACCGGACACAUCAUCCUGAGCUGCGGAUCCCCAGUCUCCAGCCAUUUUCUGCUCAGUCUCCCAAACGUCCACCCUCUGUGGGACCCUGAAAGCAGGAGGAGGGGAGAAGCAAGAGCCCCACCCCCCUUGAGCCACCUGUGGUUCUGUCACCCACUGUUUCACUGCGAAGAGUCACCUGUCUAGGCAGGUAGGUCACUGCCACCAUGAGUCUGGGCAUCAUGGAAGAGGAAGACCUGGCCGAGUACUUCCGGCUUCAGUAUGGGGAAAGGUUGUUGCAACUGCUGCAGAAGUUCCCCAAUGUUGAGAAACAGUUGGAUUCUCCAUCCAUCCGUCUACUGGAGAAGAAAAAGGAGGCCAAGAUCAUGCAUCAGGCUAUGGAGAAGAAGAAGGAGACAUUUCAGCGCAGAAUGGAAACCCUGAACCUGCGCUGGGAGGAACUGGGUGUCAAGGAAGCCCAACUGAAGGCCCACAUCCAGAAGUUUGAGCAGUUCAUCCAGGAGAAUGACCAGAAACGGAUCCGAGCCCUGAAGAAAGCCAACAAGGAGCGGGAGCUCAAGAGGCAGCGCAUGCGGGAGCUGGCCAAGGCCAAGCAGGAGAUGGUGGCCCUGAGGCUGGAGCACCAGCGGCUGAGUGUCAAGCUGCAUAACUACUCCAUUUUCAACAAGUACCUGGAGAAGGUGGUGGAGAACUCCGAGUUCGAGGAGAUCCACGAGGUGAUCGCACGCUACAAGACGCUGGUGAGCAUGCACCACGACCUCAUGCAGUCUGCGCAGGAGGGCCAGGAGAAGAUCGAGCGCGCCAAGGCGCGGCUGGCGCGCUACAUGGAGGAGAAGGACGAUGAGAUCCUGCAGCACAACAACGAGCUGGCCCGGCUGCAGAUGCGCUUCGACCGCGCCCGCAGCGAUGUCAUCAUCUGGGAAUCUCGCUGGGCGCACAUCCAGAACACCGCCGCCAAGAAGACCCUCCUGCUUGGCACUAUUAAAAUGGCAACGCUGAACCUCUUCCAGAUCGUUAGCAAGCAGCUCAAGGAUGCCACCAGUGUGUCGCUGGAUGACACGCACAAGCAGCUGGACAUGAUCCAGCAGUUUAUCCAAGACCUGUCGGACAUCUGGAUCGAGGUGAAGAGAAAGGAACAGCAACAAGUCCGGGUUUAAGGAGACAGCAUGGUUCCAGAAUGUUCUGAGACAGAGACUGCGAGAGAAUCAGUUCCCGGGGAGCUUGCAGUCCAGUCAGCCCAGUCCGGCCACGGAGGCCCCCGGUGCUUUAUCUACUGGUGAAGGAACACGUGGUCAUUUUCUCCUUGGGCCUCAGUCCAUCCCUGAAAUCAUUAAAUUUUAUAAGAAGUUUGUUCUUAAGUUCUCUCU